AUGUUGACAAGGUCCAUGACCUCUCUGUCUGAGAGAAUGACGAAACUGCCCUCAGAGAUCCGUCGUAUGAUCUGGAGACUGGUGAUACAAUCAGAAGAAGACAGUCAUGACGACCACGACACACUGGGACAUUAUGUCGCUCUCCACAUGUACUCGCCUACCAUGGCUUAUCUCUACACAAAACAUCUUGCUGUUGCCGAAGAGUACAUGAUGGCCAGAUUGAGGAGACGUCACAUGAUCAUUGGCUCUGUCGACCACGGCGACGAAUAUCUCGAGGAACUCUUGCUGUCUCAGAGAAUGCUCAUUCCUGUACGUGUCUUUUGGAGGCAUGAGAAAUACCGCGACCGUGCGAAGACUUGUCUUGAGAGGUGGAUUGAUCUUUUCCAACGACGUGGCCAGCUCUGUCACCUGGGACAAAUUGGCCUCUUUUUGGAUGAGGUCGAAACUUGGCCAAAACACAAGACAUUGCUACCGGCUGUUGUAGAAGGCCUCUUCCAGAUCUCAAAGAGGCUCAGUCCGGGCAGAGUUGUUAUGCAAGCCGAGUACACCUCAAGCGUCGAGUUCGAGCUCUUUAGCUAUCCUAUUGGGCCAGGACAAGAGACUCGAAAGAUUGUUCAUGAGGCCAUCAAUGAAGCAGACCGUAUCUUCGAGAAGAAGACUAUGCAAGACCCCGAGUAUGGCAUCAUGGUGCCGCUUUACCCGGAGGAAGAAGGUCCGCUGAAGUUCCAGCAACAUCGCAGGAAUGCCGAACGUGCGUCAUCCCUUGAAAGUAUCAGAUCAUACACAGACUACAUCAGCGAUCUGCUCGAAGAUCUGAGCAGCAGAAUUCGGGUUAGCAGGGAAUAG